ACUUAGGUACAAAAGUCUAUAGAGAUCACUGAAAAUUUAAAAUUUCUGUUUGGAUUGGUUGUCACGCAUGAGUGCACGUUACUAACAACGCAUAUUUACAUUCCGCGUCUCAAAAUUUUCGUUCAAGUAAAACAUCUUGGAGCACCAAUUUGAGACUCUGAUUUUACGAAAUAUUGAGAUUUACAACUGUGGAAUCCAUAGCAAAAGAAAAUGAGGACUAUGCCACUUUGGGCGGACCAGCCCCAGGACAAAGGACAGACCCCGAAAUGCAUAUACGAUCUUGCAUUUAAACCCGAUGGAAGCCAGUUACUCGUUGCAUCAGGUAGUCGUAUACUGGUGUAUGAUCCUUCUGAUGGAACACAUUCACAAACUCUACGAGCUCAUAAAGAUACAGUUUAUUGUCUUGGAUACUCUAGAGAUGGUAAAAGAUUUGCCUCUGGUGCUGCUGAUAAGUGUGUCAUUAUAUGGACAGAUAAAUUGGCAGGAAUACUGAAAUAUACCCACAAUGAAGCAAUCCAGUGUCUUGCAUACAACCCUGUUACACCUCAGUUGGCAUCAUGUGCAAUAAAUGACUUUGGUUUGUGGGCUCCUGAGCAAAAGUCUGUGAAUAAACAUAAGAUGAGCAACAGAAUUACAUGUUGCAGUUGGACAAGCGAUGGUCAAUAUCUUGCUCUUGGCCUUUUUAACGGAGUUAUCAGUAUACGAAGUAAGAUGGGAGAGGAUAAAAUAAAGAUUGAGCGGCCAGGAGGUUCACUGUGCCCUAUUUGGAAAAUACUAUGGAACCAGAACAAAAAUAACUCCAAUGAUGUUCUUACUGUUUGUGAUUGGGGACAAAACCUUUCCUUUUACCAUUUGAAUGGGAAACAGAUUGGCAAAGAUACGAAACUAGAAUUUGACCCAUGUGCACUCCAGUUUUUUGAUGAAGGAAGGUACUUGGUGGUUGGUGGAUCUAACAGGAAGACAUCCUUGUACUCGAAAGAAGGACAUUUCCUUGGUAUAGUGUCCGACAGCAACAGUGGUUGGGUUUGGUCCAUUGCUUGCAAACCAGAUGGCAAUGUUGUGGUUGUUGGGCACCAGGAUGGCACGAUAACAUGUCACAGUUUAACCUUCUCCACUGUGCAUGGCUUGUACAGAGACUGUUACGCCUUCCGACAAUUGCUUACCAACGUGGUGGUGCAACGACUCAACUCUGAUAUAAUGGAUGUCGAUCUGGAAGAAGAUGACUCAUCAAAGAUCACCAUCAAGUGCAAUGAUAUUGUCAAGAAGAUAUCAGUUUAUAAAGAUAAGCUCGCGGUCCAACUAUCAGAUCGUAUUGUAGUUUACAAGAUGGUCACUAAAGAUACCACAGUUACCUACAAACCUGUGAAUAAGAUUCUGAAAAAAUUUGAGUGCAAUCUGUUGGUUGUAUGCAGCGAAAAUAUUAUUCUCUGUCAGGAAAGCAAACUGACUUGUUUUUCAAUGGACGGAGAGAAACAGCGCGAGUGGUUGCUUGAAGCAAACAUCAGAUAUAUCAAAGUGAUUGGGGGACCUGCUGGUAGAGAGGGGAUGCUAUUAGGGUUGAAAAAUGGACAGGUUUUACAAAUUUUUGUUGACAAUCCAUUUCCGAUCGAGAUGCUUAAGAUUAACAGCUCCAUCCGGUGUCUUGAUCUGAGCAUGAAACGAACAAAACUUGCGAUAAUCAGCGAUAACUCAACAUGCCAUGUGUAUGACAUCGCAACUAAAGAACUUCUCUUUGAGGAAGUAAAUGCCAACAGCGUGGCUUGGAACACACAGAACGAGGAAAUGCUUUGUUACUCAGGUAAAGGUUACUUGGGUAUCAAAGCAGGAUCAUUCCCAGCACAGCAACGACGCAUGAAUGGCUUCGUAGUCGGCUACUGUGGCUCUCGUAUAUUCUGCUUACACGUGCAUGCUAUGAGAGCAGUGGAUGUUCCACAAUCGGCACCAAUGUACCAGUACCUUGAUCGACAAUUGUACAAUGAAGCAUACCAGAUAGCAUGCUUGGGUGUGACAGACACAGAUUGGUACAAUCUAUCACAGAAAGCUCUAGAAAAUUUGAGUUUUGACGUUGCUCGGAAAGCCUUCACGAGAAUCCGUAAUCUAAGAUAUCUGGAACUUAUUCAAAACAUAGAGGAUCGUCAAAAACGUGGUGAAAACAAGACCGACCUUUUCAUGGCUGACAUCCAUGCUUAUAGAAGUGAAUUUGCUGAAGCUGCAGGUUAUUAUAAGAAGGCUGGUCACUCACAGAAAGCAGUGGAUAUGUAUACUGACCUUCGCAUGUUUGAACUUGCAAAGGAAUAUGUAGAGACCAGCGAUCCAGUAGAGCACAAGCAAUUGAUGGCAAAACAAGCAAACUGGGCCAAAAACACAAACGAGCCUAGAGAAGCCGCUAAGAUGUAUCUGGCUGCCGGUGAAAACUUGAAAGCUCUUGAUAUAAUUGGGGAACAUGGGUGGACAGAUAUGUUAAUGGAGGUCGCCCGAAAAUUGGAUAAAGCCGACAGGGAGGCGUUAACAAAGUGUGCGUUCUAUCUUAAACGGCUACAACAGUAUGCUUACUGUGCAGAGGUGUAUAAUAAGAUGGGUGACAAAAAAGCUCAUAUACUUUUGCAUGUAGAAACAAAGAACUGGGAUGAGGCUUUCUCGUUGGUGGAAAAGUUUCCUGAGUUUAAAGAUGACGUUUAUGUUCCCCAUGCAAAGUGGUUGGCUGAAAAUGAUAAGUUUGAAGAAGCACAGAAAGCAUUCCACAAAGCUGGUCGCAUUACUGAAGCUCUGCAUGUACUCGAACAACUAACUGAGAAUGCAGUUGAUGAAUGUAGAUUUAACGACGCAGGUUACUACUACUGGAUGCUAUCUAUGCAGUGUCUAGACAUAGCUGCAGAGAAAACACCAAAGAAAGCAGAAAUGCUGAAGAAGUUCAAAAAAUAUCAGAAACUUGCUGAGAUAUAUUAUGUGUAUCACUCCAUACAAAGAUACACUGAUGAACCAUUUACUUCCCAUUUACCUGAAGCAUUAUUCAACAUUGCGAGGUUUCUACUUCACAGUAUAUCGGGUUCAAAUCCGCCAAGAGGGGUUUCGAAAGUUGCGACCUUAUAUGCGCUCGCCAAGCAGAGCAGAUCAUUAGGUGCGUACAAGCUAGCACGUCACGCAUAUGAAAAGCUACAUGCAUUGAAAUUACCUUUGAGGUUCCAGGACCUGAUUGAUUUGGGUUCAGUAACAAUAAGAUCUAAACCUUACCAUGAUAAUGAGGAUCUGCAGCCAAUGUGUUAUAGAUGUUCCACUACUAAUCCAUUGCUGAAUGCACAAGGCAGUUCAUGCAUUAACUGUCAUCAGCCAUUCGUUUAUUCUUUCUCUUCAUUUGAGGUUCUUCCACUCGUGGAGUUCACGCUGGAGGAAGGGAUCGGUGAUGAAGAAGCGUGUAGACUCAUCGACUCCUCCAUCAAACAAGCGAAGUCCAACGAAUGGAAGGACACAGAGAGGGAUGCGCAAACAUUAAGAAUGGAUGAAGAGGAGGAAGAAGAUCCGUUUACUGCUCGACUUCUCACUUUUGAGGGUGGCGGAGACUACUUGCCCGUUGUUGUGAACAGGUCAGUUCUGAGAGCUCUCCCACGCCGUGAGGUUCUCGUACGACGCUGGGCCCCUCCGUUACGAUUUCAAUAUUUCAAAAACCUAAUGCCUGAGGUGGCAGUUGCAAUGUGCGAUUCAUGCUUUCAGAUGUUUCAUGCCGAUGACUAUGAGUUGAUGGUGCUUCAAAAACAGUGUUGCCCGUUUUGUCGCAAAGCUUCAGACGCCCAUGAGGACAAGCCAGAAAUGUAAACACUGGGACAUCGCAAAACAAUGGCUGCAGCUCUCCUGUUAAAUUCAUAUAUUGGUGUUUAUUUUUUACCCACAGCAGUUAGGCAUGCUGCUUUGUGUUAUAUGUUUAUAAUUAAUAGUUAGUAUUUUGUAUGAAAUGUUCAGAUUUUAAUAAAUAUAUAUCGUUCAUGCAUAUUGGUUAUAAAUUUAAACCACAAGACAAAUAUUGCAAUGCUAAUUUCGUGUUUUAUGUUUUAGCAUAUUUCGUAUAAUGUGCCGGUUUCAUUGUGUAAUACUGUGGGGUUGAGAUGAGAUACUUUAGCAACUAAAUCUCAUAUUUCCUCAUUGUGUUUAAACAGUUUUAAAUAUUCUUUGUUUACUAACCAAUGGGACGAGAAAAUAGAAUGAAAACAUGUCCUAUUCUACCCCACCCUGCUG